UCGUCCUUUCUGCCCGGCUGGCGGGCGGAGCCAAGGGGCGUGAUAAAGGCGCCCUCGCCUGCUCUUCCUCCCUCCCGGCUUGCCGUCGAUCCCGCAGCUCCGUCGGUUGCUGCCGCCGGACGGAUCCUUUCGCCGACAGGCAGCCGGAGCGAGAGGGGCAACCAUGAGUGGCAAGAAAUGCGACGUGGUGGUGAUCGGGGGAGGCAUCUCAGGUCUAUCAGCAGCCAAAUUGCUUUUUGACUCAGGAUUGAAUGUUGUGGUUCUGGAAGCUCGUAACAGGGUUGGAGGCAGAACCUUCACCGUCAGGAAUAAGCAUGUCAAGUAUGUUGACCUUGGAGGGGCAUAUGUGGGACCAACCCAGAAUCGUGUUUUGCGUCUCUCUAAGGAACUAGGACUAGAGACCUACAAAGUGAAUGAAGUUGAGCAUCUUAUUCAUCAUGUUAAUGGCAAAACGUAUCCCUUCAAAGGAGCAUUCCCACCGAUGUGGAAUCCCAUUGCCUAUCUAGAUUACAAUAAUCUGUGGAGGACGAUGGAUGAAAUGGGGAAGGAGAUUCCCAACGAAGCUCCGUGGGAGGCACCACAUGCAGAGGAAUGGGACAAAAUGACUAUGCAAGAAUUAAUUGACAAAAUUUGCUGGACAAAGGCUGCCAAGCGGUUUGCCAAGCUGUUUGUCAAUGUGGACGUCACCUCCGAACCUCAUGAGGUCUCAGCUCUCUGGUUCCUGUGGUAUGUUAAACAGUGUGGAGGGACAACCAGAAUAUUUUCAACAACCAACGGAGGUCAGGAGAGGAAGUUUGUUGGUGGUUCUGGACAAAUUAGUGAGAGGAUUAUGGAAUACCUGGGAGAUCUUGUUCAACUAGAGAAGCCUGUAACUUCUAUCAACCAGACAGGUGAAAAUGUCAUAGUGAAGACACUGGACCAUGAUACAUAUGAGGCUCGAUACGUUGUUUGUGCCAUCCCUCCAGCACUCAGCUUGAAGAUUCAUUUUAACCCAUCUUUGCCUUCAAUGAGAAAUCAGUUGAUCAACCGGGUUCCUAUGGGAUCAGUCAUCAAAUGUAUAGUGUACUACAGAGAAGCAUUCUGGAGGAAAAAAGAUUUCUGUGGUACCAUGAUUAUUGAAGAUGAGGAUGCAGCUAUUAGUUUGACACUAGAUGAUACCAAACCUGAUGGAAGCUUUCCAGCCAUAAUUGGUUUCAUCCUUGCUCGUAAGUGUAGAAGAUUGGCUCACCUCACUAAGGAAGAAAGGAAAACCCAGAUCUGUGAGCUCUACGCAAAGGUGUUGGCCUCACAGGAAGCUUUACAUCCAGUACAUUAUGAAGAGAAGAACUGGUGUGAAGAGCAGUAUUCUGGAGGGUGCUAUACAGCCUAUUUCCCACCCGGGAUAAUGACUCAGUUUGGAAGGAUCCUUCGCGAGCCAGCGGGUCGGAUCUACUUUGCUGGCACUGAAACAGCUACACAGUGGAGUGGCUACAUGGAAGGGGCAGUGGAAGCUGGAGAAAGAGCCGCCAGAGAGAUAUUGUGCUCUAUGGGGAAAAUCUCAGAAGGAGAAAUCUGGAAAUCAGAACCUGAAUCACUUGAUGUCCCAGCCCUGCCCAUCACUACUACAUUUUGGGAGAGGAACUUACCUUCUGUAUCAGCACUACUGAAGUUGAUGGGAUUCUCUGUGUUUGUAACAUCAGUGGCUACAGCCGGGCUCUUUGCAUACAAAAAGGGUGUGUUGAUGCAAAACUGCAAAUGGAUGUGAAGCUGUAUACUGUUGUCAUGAUCUGCGCGUUUGUGUGCAUUUGCACAAUCACUUUAUUUUCAAUCAGCAGUGAUUUCUGACAUUCUUACUUAUGUGAUGCAUUUAUUCUAUAAAACUUGGUCUUGUGAAAGAGUCCAUUAUGUGUUUCUAAGGCCACUACACCAAUGACUGCUAUUAAAAUACAUGUGGUGGCCCUGGAGCCCAGUGUGUUGACUCUUUUUCGUCUCACAAAGUGUGUUUGGAUCUUACGGCAGUGGCAAGACAAACACCAUUGCACAGUGGGAGAAAAGUAGAUGUAUGCCUUUGGUCUCUCCAUAUGUUUUGAGGAAUUAAUAAAGUUAAUGAAGACAUAUUAGUUAAUAAGCUCCAGCAACAAAAUCCCAGCUUGGUUUUGGCGCUACAUUCCACAAGAUCUGCUUUUAGUUCCUUUUAUGAUCCUGAGGUGUUUUGCAAAAACAAUUACGUAAAAAGUGGGAAGAGAAUGCCACCUUCCUGAAAUUUUCACUUCAGAGUACAUAACUGAAAAUAUUUAGGCGUGUUCACUAAAAACAUUUAGUGAACACUUAUCUUUCUGUAUGUCCUGAGAGCCUGUGUAGUAUCAUGGAUAGAAUGUUUAACUAGGACUCAGGAUACCUCAGAUCUACAUACUCUUCACCAUCAAAAUUCUCUGGUGUGUGUGUCUAGCAAAGGUAAACCACCCCAGGAACAUUUUACAUAUCUUGAAACCCUGUUAGGAGUUAGAAACCUCUUAAGUUAAAAACAACUUAAUAGCAUAUCUCCUAACACUAGUGGCCUGUAAUCUGAGUAGAAUGGGGAUAGCUCACUGUGCAAUGAGUAGCUGUAGCACAGCUACACAGGCUGCUGGUGUCUCCUAGAAGCCAAGAAGAGUGCCACACCUGGGUAUUGAGGCUAGGCGCAGAAGAGAACAGAGUGCAUAUACUAUACCUUUAAAGUUAAAAGACUAAGGAAUUUCAGCAGGUGUAGCUUGAAAUUCUUUUUCUGUGCAACUAUUAAAGGUUCAGGAGCCCUGUUUAUUUAUUGUUUGUUUGUUUUGCCUCUAGUGACCUUCCACCUAAGUGUAUCCAGCAAAUGCAAACAGAUGUUUAAAAUACUGAAUUCUAGAUAUUUUAAUAGGCAUUCCUUAAUCACUCCAGAUACAAUAGCUCAGACAAGAUUAAAGUAUGUGAUCAAUUAUCCAUGAUAGUAGAAGAAACAAUUCAUGCUAUAGCAAAACAGUACUCUGAUCAUUCCCUAACUUUUUAGUCUUUACUGUCUAUGAGUUUUCAGUUUUUCCUUCCCAGUCAUGAAGGCAAGGGACGUACUUUCUUUUCCAAAAAAAUCAAGUGUGAUUUUUUUAAAAUUGUAGAUAAUAGCUGAUUUAAUUAUGUCCAGAGAAGAUUCACUGACAUUAAUGAGAUUUAAGAAAGUCAUGAAAAACUAGUGUGUUCUGUUGAUUUGGACGGGCUUAUUCUAUGUCUGGAUCUGGAUUUUGAAUAUGUGUAAUCAUACUACUAGGAAAGCUUGCAGGAGAGAGGUAGUAGGAGUCAUGAUUAGUGAUGUGUGUGGAAGGACUGGCUUUGUUUCAAGAGUUAAUGAAGGCCGUGAACAGAUCCAUGUUGUAGUAUAAUAUAGAUUAACAACCAUGCCUUUAACCACCGGUGGUCACUUCCACUGCUUAGACAACAGAUCAACAGUGCCUUUAAUAAGUUAUUUGGUUACAUGCAAUUAAAUCUUAUGCAUGUUCACCAGAUGUAAAUCAUAUUGUGUUCAGUGGUGCUUACUUUUGAAAUAAGUCUCUGACUGAAGAGUACUAAAGCACUUUCAUCUAUAUACCAUGACUCCCUUUUCCUCCCAACACUCCUCCUCAACCAGUUCAGCUUUUUCAGCAGGACUUAGACUGAGCAACAGGAGCAUAGUGUCUCUUAACGUUGCAGCUUACAUGUCAGUAGCAGUGAUUGGGAAAUACAUUUUUGGAAUUGACCACUUCCAGAAUCUCUAAUGUUGGUUGGGAGAUUCUAUGGGGUGUCAUCCAAAAAAGUAACUUUUUCCAGGCUCUUUUUAGUGACAAGUAUGAAAUGAUUAGGUAGCUCCUUGGAUUAAAAAAAUUAGAGAGAGGAGAGAAAACCAGUGAUUUAGAAGCCAUGUGGCGGGCAACUCAUAGACUUUUGUGAUUUGUUCUGGCUUCGAAUCACAUCAGAAAAAGGGAGAAGAAGCCAGAUCAAACCAGGAGCGGAUUGUUCUUGUGAGCGAGGGUGCCGCCCUAGGAAUAUUUGGCAGGAAUGAGUUAAAAACAUGGAAUAAAACUACAAAAUAGAAUUAUAGUUUUACCUCUUCAGACCUAGUUAUGGUAAUGCACUCACAGCAAUUCGCCAAUCAAGGAUGGAGGUAAGAAAGGAUUCUAAUUAUUCCUACUUGCUUUUAAGCAAACACUCCCACGCUCUUGACAAGUUAGCCAAACCUUUGUGGUCUGUGGACUGGAAUAAAUUACAGUUCUAAUUUUUAUAGUAUUUGAUCAAUCAUAUCCCAGAAUGUUUCAUUUGUUUCACUUUUUUUUUUCAACUCUUCAUUUCCUGUGAUGACGGGAAGCCAGUUCUUCUGGGAAAAAUGGGAGUAUUUGUUAUGGCAUAAUCAGAAACAGAAAUAGCUCAUACGCUAAGAUCCUAUAUGAGAUCUGGGUUGCAUAAGUUGAAGUCGGUUUGAUGGAUAAGGCUGCCUUUAGAGAAGACGGUGAAUUAACUGAACUUUUGCUCUUUCUAGCUCUUUGUUUUGACAAUUUUUCUUUGAAGCAAGUCCCACUUGUUCCUGCUUAACCAAAACAGAGCUAUGGAGAAACCAAAGCCAACAUCUGUCUUGUGGGCCCAUGUUGCCCAACCAUGCAAACUUUGUGCACCAGAAUGCGACAGCUCAGUCUCCCUGAGUCCCAUUGUGUUGUGGAAUCCACGCAGUUCUAGUUAAACAGCGCAGGCAGGCAGCAUUGCUGCCUGCAGUAUUGUUACCUGAACAGCUGUAAAUAAUUUUCCUCAAAUUCAGCCACUUAACAAGAAGGCCUUUACAAACUGAAAACAGCUGGGGGAAAUGGAAGAUAUGCUAAUAGGUCUAUUGUUAUUGCAAUUAUUAUUCAUCCCUUCCUCCAGUUAAUACAACAUACUGGAAACAAAAAGCUGUCCUCUGGCAUUUUUCAGCAAAUCAGAAACUGGUGCAAUGAAGCAGAGGUUGUGUGUUUGUUCGUAAUCUGGAAAAAAUUCAAGUGUCUUUGAAUGUCUUUGUCAAGAAAUACUAGAGAUAUAUUUCCACUAACUCUAACCCUCAGUAACUUGGCAUUCAUAGAAUCAUAGAGUUGGAAGUGCACUAUAAGGCCAUCGAGUCCAACCCCCACUCAGUGCAGGA